CAGUGGAAUAAACAGCCGAAAUGAUAUCAACAUACCAUUCGAUUAAACCCAAUGUAGUUUAUCAUGAUAAAUACAUGUCUAAUGCAAAAACAACAAAACACAUGUAAAAGCAACCCUUUUAGAAAAGUGAAGAAUAUUCUAAACAUGUGUCUUUGACACCUGGUGGAUGGAAGGUGCAACAACAGAAUCAGCAGCAGACGUUUCCUUACAGCCGCAGUCUACGAGCCACCAGAGGCAAAGAGGAGUGACUUGCACAGUUUUGAAAGCAAGCAGGGAAAAUGGCAGACGCCGAGGACGAGAAGCUACCGUCCGGGUGGGAAAAGCGGAUGAGCCGCAGUUCCAGUAGAGUGUACUACUUUAACCACAUCACCAAUGCCAGCCAGUGGGAGCGUCCGGUGGGGUCAGGUGAUGGGAGUGGCGAGCCAGAUAAGGUGCGUUGUUCCCACCUCCUGGUGAAGCACAGCCAAUCGCGUCGCCCGUCCUCCUGGAGGGAGGAGAACAUCACACGCUCCAAAGAGGAGGCCCUCGACCUCAUACAAAAGUACAUAGAGCAGAUGCAGUCAGGAGAGGAGGAGUUUGAGGCUUUGGCCUCUCAGUUCAGUGACUGCAGCUCCGCACGCAACGGAGGAGACCUGGGACUGUUCGGCAGAGGUCAGAUGCAGAAGCCUUUUGAGGAUGCGUCCUUCGCUCUGAAGGUGGGAGACAUGAGUGGUCCGGUGUUCACCGAUUCUGGAGUUCACGUCAUCCUUCGCACGGGAUAGAGACAAGGCUCUGAUACCCCCUGAAUACUCCCUGAAUACCCCCAUCGCCCCCUGAAUACACCCUGAAUAUCCCCAUCACCCCCUGAAUAUCCCCAUCGCCCCCUGAAUAUCCCCAUCACCCCCUGAAUAUCCCCAUCACCCCCUGGAUACUCCCUGAAUACCCCCAUCGCCCCCUGAAUACACCCUGAAUAUCCCCAUCACCCCCUGAAUACCCCCAUCGCCCCCUGAAUACACCCUGAAUAUCCCCAUCACCCCCUGAAUAUCCCCAUCACCCCCUGAAUAUCCCCAUCACCCCCUGAAUAUCCCCAUCACCCCCUGAAUAUCCCCAUCACCCCCUGAAUAUCCCCGUCACCCCCUGAAUACCCCCGUCACCCCCUGAAUACCCCCGUCACCCCCUGAAUACCCCCGUCACCCCCUGAAUACCCCCGUCACCCCCUGAAUACCCCCGUCACCCCCUGAAUACCCCCUGAAUACCCCCAUCACCCCUGAAUACGCCCUGAAUAUGCCCUGAAUAUCCCCGUCACCCCCUGAAUACCCCCGUCACCCCCUGAAUACCCCCGUCACCCCCUGAAUACCCCCAUCACCCCUGAAUACGUCCUGAAUAUGCCCUGAAUACCCCCGUCACCCCCUGAAUACCCCCGUCACCCCCUGAAUACCCCCGUCACCCCCUGAAUACCCCCUCCACCCCUGAAAACCCCCUCCUAUCUCCCACCCCCUCAAAUACCCCCACUUGUCCUCCCUACUACCCUUAGAAGCCACCCCUUCCACCUCAAAUACCCCCCCCCCCACCGUUCUGUUCUAUAUGCAACUUCACACUGACACCAUCAACACCCCUUAUCCCCUGUACCCAUUACCAUGGCUACAUCGUUGUGUGUGUGAAAAUAAGAGACCUGUCGUUAGUGACUGAGCGAAUGAGUGUGAGUCUGUGUGUUCACAUGGACCAUUACCCCUCCACCCCUCCACUUUAUAGUGUCCCCUGUCUGUUUGCCAAGGCAUUAUUCUCUCUCAAUGAUAACAUGUCAGAUGGUUAGUGGUAGACCAGUGUUCCAUACUCUCUCAUAGGAGACCGACACGUAGAAGGCUGACUCGUGGGAUUAUUUAAAUGGUGGGAAAAUAGUCCAUUGUCUGCCAUGUUUGUAGUCCCCCUCCCCCAUUCCAUUUACUGCUUCACUGUAUCUCCUAUGUUCCAGGGAACUACAAUACCCAGUAUGCAUGUGGGGGAAGUGUUUUUGUAAGCUUGAAUCUGCUGAGAGGCACUUCAUAUGAUCUGUUCAUCUCCCACCAUUAAAGGACUCUUAUUUUGUAAA